CGGAGACGCACAAAAAAAGGCCAUCUUCUCUCUUCCACUCUACUCCUCUCUGGUUCACACACGCAGCCUUGAUGGCUGCUCCUCACUCCCGCAGCACCAUCUCUCCAUCCUCUCCCUCUCCCUCAACCUCACCAUCUCUCUCACUCUCUCGGCACCUCAGCCUCUCCCUCCGUCUCAGUCUCUUACUCUCCUUCGGCUCACCUCCAGAUACCCUUUCAGCCAGUCAUCCCCACUGCUCUGGCCGCCUCCCCACAACCCAGACAACCCAGCCGCCUACCCGCAACCCAGACAACCCAGCCACCUCCCCGAACAAAAGCUGCUGCCCAAGCCAAGGAGUUCUUCCGCUGCUGCUCCAAGCCAUCCAUAGCCCUCUGCUCCGGCCACCUGCCGUGAGCCACCCCCCGUUCCAACCACGCACAACCGCGAAGUUCUCUGCUGCUAGCGACAGGCAUCCCGUGAACCUCCCCAAACAGAAGCUGCUGCCCAAGCCAAGGAGGUCUUCCGCUGCUGCUCCAAGCCAUCCACAGAACUCUGCUCCGGCCACAUGUCGUGAGCCACCCCGUGAACCAUCCACAGCAACACAGCCAUCAGCCAGGAGCCCCGAUGGCAAAACCUCUCGGUGUCGUCGCUCCCUGCUCCGUUCUCCAGUAGCACCCUCAGCGGACAUCCACGAGGUUGAGCUUAGGGAGCUCGAGGGUAUUUAGCAUUUUGAGGGACUUAAAGAGAAAGGGUAUAUUUUCAAAACACUUUGGGGGAAUGUAAAUAUUUAUGUUUUAAGUUUUUAUGUUUUAAACCUGUUGAGAACAGGAUGGUUGUGAAAAUACUGAAAUGCUUUUGGAGAUGUAUGUAUAUAUGGGAAUGCAGGUGUUGAAUGGAUACUUUGGAUUAUAGAU